CCAGUAUGAAAAGUUCUGUUUCAGCAAAAUAGUAAGCAUUUUUCUUUAUCAUUGCAGAAAAAUUACACUGGAAAGUGAAAAGUGAAAUCAGAGCAGAUGACUCAGUACAACCAUUCAGCAGAGCUCUCUCUCCAGAGCUCAGCAAAUAGAUCAUUAACUUUCACUGAAACGCCACUGGCUUUGGAUGAAAGGACACUAUUAGGGCUGAAGAUUUCACUGUCAGUCCUUCUGUCUGUUAUAACUUUGGCAACGAUCCUUGCAAACCUUUUUGUUGUUAUUACAAUUUUUCUGACUAGAAAGCUACACACACCUGCAAAUUACCUCAUUGGCUCCUUGGCAGUGACCGAUCUUUUAGUGUCUGUCCUAGUAAUGCCCAUCAGUAUCGCUUACACUGUCACCCACACAUGGGCCUUUGGCCAAGUAUUGUGUGAUAUCUGGUUAUCAUCAGACAUCACAUGCUGCACAGCCUCAAUUCUGCACCUCUGUGUUAUUGCACUGGACAGAUACUGGGCUAUCACAGAUGCUCUGGAAUAUGCCAAACGCCGGACCGCUGGCCGAGCAGCGCUCAUGAUUGCCGUGGUCUGGAUGAUAUCUAUUAGUAUUUCUGUGCCACCAUUUUUCUGGAGGCAAGUGAAAGCUCAUGAAGAAAUUGCAAAGUGCACUGUGAACACAGAUCAAAUUUCCUAUACAAUUUAUUCCACUUGUGGAGCUUUCUACAUCCCGACUGUGCUCCUCCUGAUAUUGUACGGUAGAAUUUACAUAGCAGCUCGAUCCAGGAUUCUGAAGCCAACCUCAUUAUAUGGGAAACGUUUUACUACUGCACACCUGAUUACCGGCUCUGCUGGGUCCUCCCUCUGCUCCAUUAAUGCUAGCCUGCACGAAGGGCACUCCCAUUCAGGUGGAUCGCCAAUAUUUAUCAAUCAUGUUAAAAUAAAACUUGCAGACAGUGUCCUGGAAAGAAAAAGAAUUUCUGCUGCAAGAGAACGGAAAGCCACCAAAACUUUAGGCAUUAUUCUGGGAGCUUUCAUUUUCUGCUGGCUGCCUUUUUUUGUCAUGUCCCUUGUCCUACCAAUCUGCCAAGAUGCUUGUUGGUUUCAUCCCAUCCUGCUGGACUUUUUUACAUGGUUAGGUUACUUAAACUCAUUGAUCAAUCCAGUAAUUUAUACAGCUUUUAAUGAAGAAUUUAAACAGGCUUUCAAAAAACUAAUAAAUUUCAAAAAGUGUUCAUCUUGA